AUGGGGCUUGGAGUGAUCAUUUCUCUACAACUUUUUCAUAUUGCCUACUCUCAGCUGGACGAGAUUAUAGAAGGGCAAUUGCUGAUGGAAAAACAAAUCGAAGCUUCUGCCGCAUAUCGGUCUCAAAAGAACACCGAUCAUGUUGUAAUAAGCAAUGGGAUUGUUAACUUAACAUUGACGGUGCCAGAAGGUUAUGUUUCGAGCAUAUCAUACAAAGGGAGUGACAACUUGCUCAGUACCCAAAAUCACGAAGAUAAUAGAGGGUAUUGGGAUAUGACUUGGACAACCGAAGGCAGUGGCGAUAGGAAAGAUAAAUUUGUAGGUACAAGCUACAAGAUUUUAGUGCAAAACGAGAAGCAAACCGAAAUUUCGUUUACAAGGAAAUGGUCAAAUGGCAGCGAAGAUGCUCCUCUAAACAUUGACAAAAGAUUUGUGUUGAUGAAAGAUUCUCCGGGAUUCUAUACAUAUACCCUAGUCGAGCAUUUGGAAGGAUGGCCUGCUUUUAGAAUCCAAGAAGCAAGAAUUGUGUUGAAAUAUCAAGAAAAGUUUAAUUACAUGGCUGUUUCGGAUUCAAGACGACGCUUUAUGCCAACACCCGAAGAUCGUGAUGAAGGAAGGUGUCAAAGUCUAGCUUUUAAAGAGGCUGUUCUCUUGACGAAUCCAUUGGAGAACGACUUCAAAGGAGAGGUCGACGAUAAGUACCACUACUCAUCCGAAAACUAUAAAAACAAGGUUCAUGGAUGGGUAGGUGAUGGAGUUGGUGUUUGGAUGAUAACUCCGAGCAAUGAGUUUCGCGGUGGAGGGCCAUUCAAACAAGACCUUACAUCACAUGUCGGUCCAACAAUGCUCAACAUGUUCACUAGCACACAUUACGCCGGAGAAUCUUUAGCCGUCGAUAUCCAAAGUUCCGAGAACUGGAAAAAGGUUUGGGGUCCUGUGUUUGUCUAUCUCAAUUCAAACUCUCCAGAAAAAGAAAAUCUUUCCCAACUUUGGGAUGAUGCUAAAGAAAGGGCUCAAAUGGAGGCAGAUCAUUGGCCAUAUGCUUUUCCACUCUCCAAUGAUUAUCUUAAGUCGAACCAAAGAGGAACCCUAAAGGGCCAAAUACUCGUGAAUGAUUGGUUUCGAAACAAGAGUGCCGUACCAGCAACAUCAGCAUACGUUGGUUUGGCCCGAGGGGGAGGCCUAGGAUCAUGGCAAUAUGAAAAUAAGGGCUAUCAAUUUUGGACACAAGCCGAUGAUGCCGGAAAUUUCAUUAUAAAGAAUGUGAUACCUGGAACAUACACCUUGUAUGCAUCUAUUCCGGGGAUCAUUGGAGAUUUCAAGUAUUAUUUAAACAUCACCAUUAAAGCAGGAUCACAAGUUCAAGAAAAAAAUAUUGUUUUUAAAGCUCUGAGGAAUGGUCCCACAUUAUGGGAGAUCGGCAUUCCUGAUCGAACCGCGGCUGAGUUUUUCAUCCCCGACUCAAUAUAUAAAGUCCACAAAUAUCCACCACCACUUGAAAAGUUUAAAGAGUAUGGGUUAUGGACAAAAUACACCGAUCUUUUUCCCAAGGAUGACCUAGAAUUCACUGUCGGAAAAAGCGAUUACGAACGGGAUUGGUUUUUCGCGCAAGUUAAUAGGCAAUCUGGAAAACAGUUCGAAGCAACAGUUUGGAAAAUUGUGUUCGAGCUCAAACAUGUUAACAAACAAGCAAGCUACACUCUUUGGCUAGCAGUAGCAGGAGCUCAUGGUGCAGAAAUCCAAGUACGGAUUAAUACUCCAAGUUCGCGCCCUCUUUUUUCGACUGGAUUGAUAGGCCAAGAAAACAUAAUAGCAAGGUCUGGUAUUCAUGGGAUGUACAGAUUAUACAGCAUUGUCAUUCCAGGAAAUCUUCUCGUCGAUGGAGUGAAUACAAUAUUUUUGAGACAAACUCGGGCUCUCGGACCCUUCCAAGCCGUCAUGUAUGAUUACAUUCGUCUUGAAGGACCAGCUGCCUAA